UCCAUCAGGAGUUCAUCUUGUGAGCCCAGGACAGGCCCUAAUGCAAUACUACGAUUAAGAUUUAAUCACUUUGCUACAGAAUGUAGUUGGGACCAUAUGUAUGUAUAUGAUGGAGAUUCAAUAUAUGCACCUUUAAUAGCAGUAUUUAGUGGUUUAAUAGUUCCUGAAGUACGUGGAAAUGAAACUGUACCUGAAGUAGUUACAACAUCUGGCUAUGCAUUGCUACACUUCUUUAGUGAUGCUGCUUAUAACUUAACUGGAUUUAACAUUUUUUACUCAAUUAAUUCUUGUCCUAAUAACUGUUCAGAACAUGGAAAGUGUACCACCAGUUUGUCUGUUCCAAGCCGGGUAUACUGUGAAUGUGACAAGUAUUGGAAAGGAGAAGCCUGUGAUAUCCCAUACUGUAAAGCCAACUGUGGCAGUCCAGACCAUGGGUACUGUGAUUUGACAGGCGAGAAGCUGUGUGUAUGCAAUGACAGCUGGCAAGGUCCAGAUUGUUCUUUGAAUGUCCCUUCCACGGAGUCCUACUGGAUCUUACCAAACGUAAAGCCAUUCAGCCCUUCCGUGGGCCGGGCUUCCCAUAAGGCAGUUCUUCAUGGAAAAUUUAUGUGGGUGAUUGGUGGAUAUACUUUUAACUACAGUUCAUUCCAAAUGGUGUUGAACUACAAUUUGGAAAGCAGUAUAUGGAAUGUAGUGCCUGUAUCCAAAGGGCCACUCCAGAGAUACGGACACACACUUGCGUUAUAUCAGGAAGACAUAUACAUGUACGGAGGCAAAAUUGAAACAAAUAAUGGCAAUGUUACUGAUGAGCUGUGGAUUUUCAACAUCCACAGUCAAACAUGGAGCAUCAGAACUCCUGCUGUACUUGUACAUGGCCAGCAGUAUGCUGUGGAAGGUCAUUCAGCACACAUCGUGGAGCUGGACAGCAGAGAUGUGGUUAUGAUUAUCAUUUUUGGAUAUUCUGCCAUAUACGGUUACACGAGCAUUGUGCAAGAAUACUACAUAAGUAAGUUGCUUUCAAGUCAUUUUUAUCAUGUAUUGAUGAAAAAAAUUCCUUAGGAACGCUUCCCAUUUUCACAAAGGAAAAUAAAUAUUUGGCAAUAUUAUCUCACUGUUUUUUCCUUCAGACAACACUGAUCAGAUUAAUUGUUAGUAGCAUUAGUAUGUGUUUGGAAUAUAAUGACUUUGGGUAUUUGUUAAAGCUAAAACAAUAAAUUCCAAACAGUAGUAGUUAUUCUGAUGAAACUUACCCUUUUUAACCAUAGACUUAAUGUUUUUACUAUGUAGCAGAGUAAAAAAUCAAAGGGCAAAACAGAAUACAAUAAAGAGUCAAAUACAAC